AGUAGCAUGGCAGUGACUCACUGUCCGACCACAGUGCACACGCAUUGGUAGCUAGCAGUCGUCAGUAGUCGUUUUAUUCGCCAACUCUCCUUCACACGUUCCAUUUUGUUGUACACCUGUGCUAAUUUUUAGUUUCAUCUUGAUCAUCCACCUCUAAAGCAUUGUCCAGUAUGUCACAUACGGUGACCAUAACUCGAACGACUGCGGUGUCCUCUGGUACCGCGCUGUACAUCAACAGCGGGUAUCUGGGUUCUAUGCCUGGCUUACUGAAACUUGCACAGUUGUUAAUGGGUGCAGCCUGCGUCGGUAUUGUGAGCUACUACUACGACACCAAUUACAGAGCCGUGUCACAGAGAGCGGAAUUAUUUUUCCUGUUAAUAGCUGUCUCCUUCCUCAUAGGCACAUUUUGUUUACUUACUUCGUGUAUAAUAUCAUUGUCAUCGGCUUCACUAAUAUCUAAGACUGUUUAUGAAGUCAUUUACCAUGGCUUGGCCUUUAUACUAUAUUUAGCAGCGGGCAUCACAUUUCUAACAGAAGUCAAUCAGAACAGGAGAAGUUAUUACAAUUCAUAUGAGCCAUACUUAGCUGCAGCGGUGAUGGGAUUGAUUCUUGCUGGCCUCUACCUACUAAGUACAUUUCUGGCGAACCGGUCUUAUAGAGGCAUUUAAUUGAACUCAGAAUCUCAUGAAAUCGAUUUAAUCAUAUAUAUACAUAUACUUAUUUAAUUUUGCUUCGGUAUUUAUAAUUUAGCACAAAUUAUAGUUACUUACUUGGCCAAACUUUGUUUGUAACAAGAAUAUUGGAACCGAUUCUGAGACACUAUUUCUCUGAACCGUUAAUAUUUUACGUUGAGGAUUUUAGGGGAAAUUAUCGUUUUAUGGACUAUUAUAAACUAAAAUUAUAUUUUUUACUUAAACCUAUUAGAAAUUUAGUUCAUAUUAGUAUCCACAAUAAAGAUUUUACUGUGAUAUCAAGUUGAAACUUUAAUUUUAGAGAUUAGAUUAAUGGCGCCUCAGAAUCGACCAAUUGUUUGGCGCCAGCCGUAAUAGCCAUAUUACUAUUAAUUCAUUAACUAUUAAGUCUAGAAUUUGAAACUGUCAUAUUUAAUAUAUCACAUUUACUUUAACUAUUGUAUUAUCUAUUAUACGCAAUUGUGCGUAUGCAUAAUACAAAUAUUAUGACAUUUUUUAAUCUUCAGCUGAAAACGAGAAUAUUGUCAGCUCAAACGAAAAUAAUCAGAUGCGAGCACUAAAUUUUUUUAUUUUUGUAUUUGUUAAGUAGUUACUUUACGCAUUUAUACUUUAUAAUAUAUGGUUGUAAUGUUAGCCACGUCUUCCUAUUUAGUGGUGUAAAAAGAUAUAUAAGUAUGAAUUUCUAUUUCAAUGUUUACAGCAGUGUAAGGUCUACCUCAUAUUGUUUUUCUUGUAUAAUUACAAAGAUGUCUAAUAAUAAAUGCUCUAUAUUUCAAAGGAAUUUUAUAAGAUUUAAUUUUUAAUACAUAUGCAUGCAUUAUUUAUUGGCACAAGUAUCUACACUGUGACAAGAUGUAUGUAUUUAAAGCAUAGAAAUUAUACAGGAUUUUGAAUCGAAAUCAUUAGUGUACUUUUAAGUGUUGUAGUAGUAAAAUUGAUACAGAAGCUAGUAGGAAAAUCACAUAAAAUACUUAGUCUUCCGUACAAAUAUCAGAGCUGGUCUCGUUGCUAUGAUCGUUGAUGCUAUUGAUUUCGAUUUAACCUUUUUUUUGUAUGUUAUUUUUCUCCGAUAAAACAGAGUGCCUUGUGUGAUUUUCAGAAAGAUUUACGUUGCGAUCGCGUUUACGUUUAGUUUAUAAAUUUAUAAGGCAAUCUUAAUUUCUGAAACAAUCCACUAGAGGCAAUUUAUACAAAGUAACUGUAAGAUCUAACAAUAAGAUCUCUGAGCUAUUUAGAAUUGGAAUGCUAUCUAUUUUGAAAGUAGGUGGUGUUCCGUUCCGGUGGGAUCGGAGAUAUGGUAUAUAACACAGACGAAACAAUAGUCUUUCGUUCUAGUUUAAUCACAUAUAAUUUUGUAUUUAUUUAAUAAAUUUUAAUGUUAUUUUAUACGCAUAUUAAAAUAGUCAAUUAAAAUGGUAUGAUUAUUAUAUGUAUUUAUUUUACGUAUUUUAUAUGUAUAUAUUUAGGUUUAAAGUAUUGGUCCAAUGAAUCAAAUUUCGAGGUAAUGUCAAUUACAAUACGGUUUCAAUGAAGUGACAUUUUAAAGUGGCUUCAAAAAAGAGAGAAUGUUCUCAAUUCAAUUGUUAUGUACAUUACACAAUAUUUUGCUAUUUUGAAGAGAUUUUAAGAAUUUUUUUUAUAAUCAAUAGUCCUUGUAUGUAAUGAUAUCUCUGCUGCAUUAUUGCUGUUAAAACUGUAAUUACUUAAAACGGAUUUAGGGGUAAUUUAAACUCAAACAUAGCCACGGUUAUACUUACAACAUGUACUUAUUUAUAAGAUCAUUUUUAGAUAAUUUUUAAUUUAUUAUUAAAGUCAGUUUAGCUUUUAUAGAGCAUAAAUAACAAUAAAAUUAAUAUUUAUUUGUCCAUUGAUGUAUCUAUGUUUGUGGUUUUUCCUUUACUUUUUUUUAAAUGUAGAGUAAUGCGGAAAAUAUUUAAGAUAUUAUGUUACUAGUCAAUUACUAUGAAGUAUAAAAUGAUUUAUUUAUCUAUAGGUUCAAAGUUUUGCUUUUAAAGGCCCCUCUUGUCCAAGAUAAAGUCAAUUAAUGUAUUUAAAUAAAUCUGGAUUUACUCUUUUUGUAUGCGCGAUUAUUAUAUAAAAUUGUUAUUUUGUUGGAGUGGCAAAAGUAAAGGAAAUAGAAAAGAAAUUGUAAUUUACAUUUAAUUUAAUUGCAAAAAGUUGACACGUAAUUGAAAGAUAAUUUGAUUUUAAUUUUUAAAUAUUGUCAAACUUGUAGUUUUUUUACAAGAAAGAUUAAAAAAUAUAUGCCACUGGAUCGAAUUAUGUAGUAACUAAAUGUAAAAUGAGAAUAAGAAAAAUAAUUAAUCCUGAAAUAAUAAUAUGUAAGUAUCUAUAAAGAAUAAUAAUAAGGUUUUUAAUAAAAUGUAUCUUAAUAAAAUAUAUUUUUUAUUCGUCCAUAAAUAUUUUGUAUAGGUACAAAUAAAUAGUUAUUUUUGCGUAAGUACUGACUUUAAAUCAAAUUGUGGCUUAUUCUAUGUUGGGACCACACGGUCAAAAAUAUGCCUGUGUAAUACAUAUUUAUAUUAUUUCAUAAUAUAAAUAUAUAAUGAGUAUAUAUCGGAAUCCUGUAAUCACCUAUAUCCGUAUAUAUGGAGUGGAUAGACUUACUCAAAUUUAGUAUACUCUCCGAAUCAAAAUUUUUUCGAGAAAAAAAUGGGCAAUGGAAUCAAUCAUUAUUUAUACCUUCAUAAUUAUUUUUCUCCCUGCUAAAUUAUAGGAGCGGUUUUCAAAGUUAGAAAACCCACUGAAAUAGACCCCCUUUAAACAGCGUAUCGAAAUAAAACAUACACCAUUUUUUAGGAUAGACUUUUGGAAAUACAAUUGUGAAGCCGCAAUUUCGUGCAGUGGUUUUUGCGUGAUGCCGAAUAGACACACAGACAGACACACAAAAUUAUUAUUAUUAAGAACAAAACAAUAAUUAAGGCUUCUCAUACGAGUUUUCUAAAUAUCUCCCGUGCACAGAAAUAGUUACAGUUAUAUUACUAAGAUGUAGCUUUGAUUUAAUGAUAUGUCUCUUUAAGUUCUAUAAAGAAAAAAAAAUGAUAUAAUUUAAUGAUUGAUUGCUUCAUUUUAAGAGAUAGAGAAGUAUAUGUUAAAAAGUUAUUUUUAACAUAAAUUAUUAUGUUAAAACGUUAAUAUGAAUUAAAUGAGCAAUAUUUAAAAGUAUACUAACGAGUACAUUAAAUUCACAUCUACUAUGUCCAAUCCGUCAUUUAGGUUCUGAACGAACCUCUGUUAUUCAGUAAAUCUGUAGUUUCACAACACAAAAUAUAGCAUUAUAAUACGUAUUUACCCGCUGAGAUACUUGCUUUUUUCUUUACAAUGUUUUUACAUAUAACAAAAUAAAUAAGUUCACCUAUG